AGCGAAAGUAGACCAUCUAUCAAUUUUCUAAAAUCGACACUGUGAUAAAAAGGGUUAUAAUUGUUAGACAACUACACAAAGCUAUGCAGUUUCAAAGGUUGUCUUCGGAAACACAUAUAAAUUUUGACACGACAUCUAAAAGUGUUGGAGAAAUCAAAACUCCUAUUGCUGCUCUCUGUGGAGUUCCCCGCCACUGUGUGGAGAUUGUGGACAUGGAGGAAGGCAUAAUCUACGAUGAUUGCCGAGAUGUUACGAUGCUUUCACGCCCUUUACAAGUGAUGGUCGGUACUGAUGAGAGGCGUGUCCCGUUCUAUCUUCUGACCACAGAUGCCGACAUGAUUGAUCAAGACCCUGAUGACGAGGAACCGCGACUGAAAAUGUCUUGUGGUCACGCAAUCAGUCAGUGCACUCCAUAUAACUUGUUUGGGCAUAUGCGGAAUUCGUUGACACACAAGGUUAAAAGUUCAGUAACCUGUUUGACCCCCGGCUGUAACCAGGAAUGGAGUAUGAAUGAAAUAACUAAGAAAGCAGAUAUGACCACGGAUGAAUCUUUAUUCUUUGAAUAUAAGAUAUCACUGAACGCUAUUUUUAGCCACAACAAUGAUACCUCAGAAUGUCCGAAUUGUGGUCAGUUUUGUCAACGACAACAAAACACUCAGGCUGUCCGGUGCAGCAUCUGUUCAUCGCAAAAACACGAAAAGCAAGCUGAUUUCUGCUGGGAGUGUAAAGCUCCAUGGGUUCCAAAUCACACAUGCAAAAACCGAGAUCUAGAAGCCAUACAGAAAAUACUGAACGAAGCCCCACUAAAAACCUUGGAUUAUUCAAAUAUUGAAAGGGUGCCCUCGAAGCGCCUUUGUCCUAACUGUCGAACUCUUCUCGAACACGAACGGAUGUGUAAACAGAUGAAAUGUCCGAGUUGUCAAACUGAGUUCUGUUUUUCAUGUUUAACUCUCUGUGUUGGUAGCAGACUACAGUGUAGUGGAUACAGUAAGGAGUGUAGUGUUGCUCCGGUGCAAAACGCAUUCUCUUGAUUGCUACAUUCCUGUAUUAAACAAACCCGUAUGUAUGAUGAUUGCUUUGCUAAUCAAACUGGACUCAUACAUGUAUAUACUUAUUUGAUUUAUUAUUUGGAAUUAUCGAUUCUUUCUUAUUAAGAAACACACGAUUUAUACUCUUUAAAAGUAUAAAUAAAUGAACUAUGUUUUG